ACUGUUUAUCUUCUGAUCAGACUUGAUGUAACGUUACAGGAAAGCGAAGGGCUGCUGUACAGUACCGUUUAAUUUCAGCGUUCUCCUGUCAAAAAUGGGGCUUGUUUGGCCUUGUGCUCUUUAGCCAGCUGUGCAUCCUGUCUGUGUGGCUCAGCGCCAUGCCUUCUGUGUGGCUGCUGUCCCUCCUCCAAUAACUCCACUAUCACCAGGCUGGUUUUCUCUUUCUUUUUGCUGCUGGGGACCAUGGUGUCAGUCAUCAUGAUCCUUCCUGGAAUGGAGGCACAGCUCCGUAAGAUCCCGGGAUUGUGCCAGGGAGGAACUGCUUUACCCGGUGUCGAAAACCAAGUUAACUGUGAUGUCAUUGUGGGCUACAAGUCUGUGUACCGAAUGUGCUUUGCCAUGACCUGCUUCUUCUUUCUGUUCUCCGCCAUCAUGAUUCGUGUCCGUAGCAGCAAAGACCCACGUGCAGCUGUUCAAAAUGGGUUCUGGUUCUUUAAGUUUCUGAUCCUGACUGGAAUAACAGUGGGAGCUUUUUUCAUCCCUGAUGGAACAUUUAAUACUGUGUGGUUUUACUUCGGACUGGUAGGAUCCUUCAUCUUCAUUCUAAUCCAGCUUAUUCUUCUCAUCGACUUUGCCCACUCCUGGAACAAGGCAUGGGUAGAAAAUGCUGAAAAUAGUGACAACAAAUGCUGGUUUGCAGGCCUGCUGUCUUUUACCUUCUUCCACUACGCCCUGGCUUUCACUGCUGUGGUGCUUUUCUACGUUUACUACACACAGCCUGACAACUGCACAGAGCACAAGGUCUUCAUUAGCCUCAACCUUAUCUUCUGCGUCAUCAUCUCCAUUGUCUCCAUCCUACCCAAGAUACAGAAAGCCCAACCAUACUCCGGUUUGCUCCAGGCUUCGAUCAUCUCCCUCUACACCAUGUAUGUCACUUGGUCUGCAAUGACCAACAAUCCAGAUCGAAACUGUAACCCCAGCCUGUUGAGUCUAGUGUCAAACGUCAGCGCCACUGAAUCGUCUGGCAGCACCCCAGGAGUGGUGCAGUUGUGGGAUGCUCAGGGCAUCGUCGGUUUGAUCAUCUUCCUCUUCUGCACUCUCUACGCCAGUAUCCGUUCCUCCAGUAACACCCAAGUGAACAAGUUGAUGCAGACAGAGGAGGGCAGCGGGUCAGGUGGAGAGGGCGUGGUGGGAGAGGACGGCAUACGCAGGGCCAUAGACAACGAGGAGGAGGGAGUCACUUACAGCUACUCCUUUUUCCACUUCCACCUCUGUCUGGCCUCUCUGUACAUCAUGAUGACUCUGACUAACUGGUACCAACCAGGGUUGACCACGCAGACCAUGCAGAGCACUAUGCCAGCUGUGUGGGUGAAGAUGAGCUCCAGCUGGUUGGGCCUCGGGCUCUACCUCUGGACCCUCAUCGCCCCUCUCAUAUUCCCUGACAGGGAUUUCAACUGAGCACGCCUUGUCUUUGAGCUGUAUUUGGUUGUUUUGUUUUCUUGCCUAGUGUACUAGGCAGUGUGAAGGAGUAUAUAGGAAGGAUAAUAUAAAGGAAAUAUGUUUCAUUUCUUUGUAUUCUUUUUUUAAUCUCUCUGCUGUUAUUGUGUUUCUGUUGUUUUACUCUUCUCAGUAUGAUUGUUUGGUGUGAUAAUAACUACAGACUUUUGAAAGUGUAAGUGGAUUUUUUUAAUAAUUAGCCUGACCUUGAUAGGCAACUCCCAUCCAUCCCCCUGAUGUUGGUGUGAUAUGACUGUAUGAGCUCCAUUAUGAUUUUGCUGAAUUUUUGAUGCUGGUAUAUCACAAAGGCUAAGCAACAAGGCACUUUCUCAAUACCUCAGACAUUUCCGUUACAGAUCUCCUUUUGAAAGCCUGUGUCAUCAAGCUUCUCUGAUUGGCCAGGUCUGGAAUCCCCCUGAUUAGCUGGACUGUUUUAAGUGCUGGGGGCAACGAGGAGAACCCUUCUUAGGAGCCCCAGAGUGAGGUGAGUGUGAGAGUUAGAUAAGACUAAUAUGACACACCCUACAGAUCAUAACAGGGCUUCCCUUUUGCUGCUUGGCUGUAUGCAAAUCCAUGUCAUUACUCCUUGAGCCAGAGAGUCCUGAUAGACCACGAGUCUAAUCUCAGCACUUCCUCGUCUGUUCCCAACAUAGGGUAACAUUUAUCUCCGGUGCUAUGCCUUUUCCAUGUCUGACUGUGUUUGGCCUUGUACAGCCACGGGCGACAUUCUGUAUCUGUAUGGCAGUCUAUUUGCAGCAGGGAGACAUUUAUUGAUUCAUAGCAGUCAGCAUCAUGCGAUGUGUAGUGGUGCGCAUUUCAGGAGGCGAAUGCGUUAACUCCACACUACCUGUCCUCUGACAAAUGCCAUUGUUUUCCAGAAUGUUGCAGAGGGUGUUCAGUAAAAAAGAGGGGGAUUUUUAAUUGUGUACAAAACAAUAAUGACGCAUUUCAGUAAUUGUAAAAUGCAGUUAAAUGGUAUUGACUUUCAUAGUGUGUUGAUGUAAUGAUGGUACUGAAUUUUGCAUUAUAUAUUAGUUACCUCAAAUUUCAAUAUGAAUAGAAUGACUUAAAGUAAGACCAUUUAUAUUUUGUAUAGUGAGUUUGGUACAAUCCUAUGUUUCAAACCUUGCAAUGCCCACACUUAUGAAUCAGAUUUCCUGUUACGCUGCAUAUGAGUAUAGUGAAUGUGAGAAGUUGGAAAUGUUUUUUUUUUUUAAUAUUUUUUAUUCAUCAAACAUGUCAAAUGUAUUGUACAUUUUACCAUUAUCCCCCUACUAAGAGAUUAUUUAGGUAAAAUUGCCAGUGUUGGAUCAUAACAUGUACUAUUCAAAACACUAUUUCAAAAGUGCCUUUUUGUGGUCCUGUGUUCUAAAAAGAAUUUGACACUAAUACUGAUGUGUGCUUAUUAUGCCUUUCCUUUAUUGUUUUGAGUCAGUCAUUGCAUGCCAGUAAGGCAAAGGUCUAUGACAGGAAUUAAAAUUGUAAUUUAUGUAAAAACACUGUUUUUAAUAAAGAUAGAACUCUUGUCUCUCA